AUGGGAGAGAAGAAAGUUUUGGCUCUUGUCAUGCUUGUUAUGGCUUAUGGUUUGGCAGUAACAACAUUCACUGCUUGUCAACUUCCUCCAACGUGCAAUGGGUAUGAGCCAUUAAUUUACCAAUGUGUGCCUUAUUUGGUUAAUCCAGGCCCUUCUACUCCAACUCCUCAUUGUUGUGAUGGAGCAAGAGUGGCGAUUCAUAGAGCCAACAAUGCUCAAGCUAUUAAGAAUUUCUGUAGUUGUUUGGAGGAUGCUGGACCAAAUUUAUAUUUUCAAAAGCAGAGUUUGGUACUACUUCCAGCAGCCUGCAAUAUUAAACCUUCCUUUGAUUUUAGUAAAUGUGUAUAUGGUGAUUAA